AUGCCGACGUAUACUUGGAUCUUUUUAAUAUGUUUCAUAUUAGGGACAAAUAUGGCUAUGGGCCAUAUUCCUAUAAACUCUUACUACAAAUCCGCUGAACCAGACGGACCUACCCUCUCAAAUUAUGGAUUAUCAAGCAAGCUGACGAGACAGACUAGUCAGCAACGUUUAAGUGCAAUGCGUGCCAUAAUGGCGCAGGCACAAGUCGACGCUUAUAUUGUACCGACGGGUGACGCGCACAAUUCGGCGUACAUAGCUCCGGCGGAUGCGCGAAGGGAAUGGCUUUCAGGACUCCGCGGCUCCUCAGGCACUGCACUAGUCACUUCGUCCAACGCGCUAGUGUGGACUGAUGCCAGAUACUGGACCCAGUUCGAAGUAGAAGUUGAUGGAAGUUUGUGGACGCUGAUGAGACAAGGAACAGAUGUGUCCAUCGGUAAUUGGUUGAUCCAAAAUAUGCCAGCGGGGUCCGUGGUGGCGGUAGACCCCACCACUUACACGAGGUCUGCGUGGAAUGCUUUACAGGGCCCAUUAAAUGCUGUAAAUGUGACGCUACUAGCUAUAUACGACAACUUAGUAGACGCAGCAAGACGGAGUAUCAACGAUGGACCACCAGCAAGACCCAACAAUACGCUGCUGGCUUUAACCACAGAAUAUACAGGGCGAGCAUCUUCCGUCAAGAUAAGGGAAGUGAUUGAGCAAAUUUUUACCGCUGGGGCAUCUGCGUUGAUACUGACUGCUCUUGAUGACAUUGCAUACACACUGAACCUACGCGGCAGCGAUAUUCCUUUCAAUCCAGUAUUCUUCUCAUAUCUUAUCAUCAGAACUGACAUCGCUACAGACAACAUCAUUUUAUUCUGGAACAACGGCGUUUUACCCCCAAACAUAGUAGCUCACCUGUCUUCAGAGAAUGUGGUCGUUCAGUGCAGACCUUACGAAGAGAUCUUCGACUACCUCAGGAGGUUCUCGGUGGAACUGGGCAGUCAAGGCAGUGUGUUGAUACCAUCAAGUGGAAGUCACGCGGUAUAUUUAGCUGUCGAGCAAGGACCAGCUCGCAUCUUAAUAGCUCCUGUGACGCCCGUUGCUCUGAUGAAAGUCAUCAAGAACGACGUGGAAUUGAGGGGUUUCCGCAUAGCACACAUUAAGGAUGGCACAGCUGUGGUGCGUGGGUUGUACUGGGUGGAACAGCAAGUUCAUGCAGGAGUCAACGUUACUGAGAUGCAGCUCUCGGACGAAAUAGAGAGGCUAAGAAGCGAAGAAGAACACUUUAUGGGCCCGUCAUUUUCAACAAUCGCUGGCGCGGGCCCCAAUGGUGCCAUUAUACAUUAUUCCCCGCAAAGAGAAGGACCCCAAAAAGUUAUUCAAGCUAAUGAAAUGCUGCUACUGGACUCUGGCGGUCAGUACUUGGAAGGUACCACAGAUAUAACAAGAACCCGUCACAUGAGCGAGUGUUCUGCAGCUCAACGUCUCGCCUUCACACGGGUUUUGAAGGGACACAUUAGCUUAGGAACCACUUUGAUGCCUAAGGGAACAUUGGGUCACAUCAUAGAGGUUUUAGCAAGAAAGGCACUGUGGGACGUAGGUCUCAACUACGGUCACGGGACUGGCCACGGAGUGGGCCAUUUCCUCAACGUUCACGAGGCUCCCACGUACAUACUCAGCUCGCCGUUCGCUAACGAUCCUGGGAUCUCACCAUCUAUGAUUUACAGUAACGAGCCAGGAUAUUACCAAGUUGGUGAAUACGGAAUACGUCACGAGGAUCUAGUGGAAACUAUAGAAGUUACUCCUAGCUCUGACCAUCCGCUUGCUGCUGGACUUGUUGGGAACUUCCUCGGUAACGGCGUUGUGGGUUUCCAUUCGAUAACGCUGGUGCCACAUCAGACUGCCUGCCUUGACGUCAAGUUACUGACUGACUUUGAGAUUAAAUAUCUGAAUGACUAUCACGCAAGAGUCUUGAAUACGAUUGGUCCCAUUCUUCAAAAUAGAAGUUUGACAGCUGAAUAUGCGUGGUUAGAAAAGGAGUGCGCGCCAAUCGCUCGAGCAAGUGCCUUAUUGGUUAAGUCCACGCCAUAUUUGGCGAUAAUCAGUCUCAUUGUUAUGUGGUUUGGAAUGUAA